AUGUACAAGACGGAACGCUGGGUCUGGUUUAUUGCAUAUUCAGGUCCCGGGCCCGAAAUGUUUAGUGGCGGAAACUUCCAUCCCCCCGACUUCCAAUUCAGAAGAGCUCCCUUCCCGAGUCUGUCCCGCCAGAGCUCCGCUUUACCACCCCAGCCCGUCAACACCAACCGCGCAAGGGACUGCAUCGACACCUGUCUCGAUCAAUUGAACCGGCCGAUGCCGCUCUGA